AUGUCUUCCCAGAACAAGAAAAGCACCGACAGUCCGAAAGCUGGUAGCCAGCAACCAAGCGUGAUUGGGUUGUACGGCAUACCUGGCUCGGGGAAAACCUUCAUUUUGAAUCAUCUCAGACAAAAUCUCGAUCGUUCUUUCUUCACUUUCUACGAAGGGAGUGAGGUGAUCUCCAGUGUGACGUCUGGUGGACUCGAAGCUUUUCAAUAUCUUGAUGAGCAUGAAAAGAAUGAGAGGCGUCGAGAAGCCAUUCUUCGAAUACGCCGUGAAUGUGUGAAUAACUCCAAGAUCGCCUUCGUGACCGGCCAUUUCAUGUUUUGGAAGGGUGACGAAGACACCGGCCAGGUGGCCUGUACGGAAAGUGACCUUGACACUUACACCCAUAUUUUGUACCUGGAUACAGCCGUGGAGACAAUCAUCAACCGUCGGCAGGAGGAUGAGAAGAGAUUUCGGCCGAUCGAAUCUUUUGAUCAUCUGUCGAGAUGGCAGGAAUAUGAGCGGAACCAGCUGCGCCGCUCGUGCUAUCAUCGCGGGAUCCUAUUCAUCAAUCUAUCAAAGCAUCUAUCUGCUGCAGAUAAGAUUGUGGGACUCGUGAAUUCCUUUCAUCUGCGCACGGAAGAACAUAACCGCUCAUGUGCUUUGGGGGCCUUGGAUCAAUAUAUCUCGCACCAGCUUGAACGGCCAGAGACCGUACUUGUCCUAGAUGCUGAUAAAACCAUUGCUGCAGCCGAUGGCGGCGCGAUGUUUUGGGAGCAGUUGAAUGCUUUCGAGGCAAGGUCUACUAAGAAAAAUCCUCUCUACGAUAUUUUCAGUGGACCUCUCGGCUAUUCUUGGUCGUCGUUUGAACAAGCUACGUUAUUAAACGAAGAGGCAGUCGACGAUACUCGAUUUGAAGAAGUCUGCCGACAAGUGGCAUCCCGCAUUACUCUUCAUGCCGAGUUCAGUUCCCUUCUUGCGAUGCUUCGAGUUCAUCGGCACGUGUGCGCAAUCGUCGUUACCUGUGGAAUCGGACGCAUUUGGGAGCUCGUGCUCCAGAAAGAAAAUCUGUCGAAGCUAGUCCACGUAUUUGGUGGAGGGCGGAUUGGGAGCGGAUUGGUUGUCACACCGGGUCUUAAGAAAGAUCUUGUUCUGCGGCUUCGACAGUCUUACAACGCUUACACGUGGUCUUUCGGUGAUAGCGUUGUCGACUUACCGAUGAUGCAAGAGGCAGAUGAAGCCAUUGUUGUGACGGGAGAACAGACAACCAGGAGCACGUCCAUGGACAAGAGGCUUGAAGAGCUGGUUGGUGUCAAUGGGUUCCAGCCUUGCCAGGUUACCCUGCCGCAUCACGCUCCUCCUCGCGUUCUCACAAAACCACUUCCUGUCACGAAUUUGACGGAUACGAGCGUGAUUCAAUCCAUUUUCACACGACACAAUCGUCUUCGACGCAUUGAUAUAUCCCACGCAACAGAGAAAGCCACUGCCAGGCUUCUCAUGACUCCCAUGCGAGACUCGACUAUCUCUGGUCCACGAUUGCGAGACGCACACGAGGAGGUUGGUCGAUACCUAGCCGUGGAGUAUCUGACGGCUGUUGUUGGCCUAGAAUCUUACCCCCUUCAACACGUCCAAGGUCAUAUCACCAACGGCUAUCGCCUGUUCCGUGAGACAGAAACAUUGAUAGUCGCAUUGAUGCGUGGCGGCGAGCCAAUGGCGCUGGGAAUCAGUCAAGCAUUUCCGAGUGCAAUGUUUCUGCACGCACGGAAAUUGCAAGACAUCUGCGACAAGUCAUUGGAGGGCAUGGUCACUGUGAUACUCGUAGAUUCCGUGAUUAAUACGGGCAAUACAAUCCUCGAAUUCGUCCGUCAUAUCCGCACUUUGCAUGCCUCCAUUCGUAUCGUGGUCGCCGCAGGGGUGAUCCAAGCAAGUUUGCUCCAGCGCAGCAGGAUAGCGCAACAACUAGUUGCGUUCGAACAACUUACCUUUGUCGCUUUACGCAUUUCCGAAAACAGCUACUCCGGGAAAGGUCCCACAGACACUGGGGCAAGAUUAUUCUGUACUGUGUCCCGGGAAUGA